AUGGAGACCCUGUUCGAGGACAUCUAUACGGAGGAGCGGGACAGGGUGAAUUUGGCCGCUCAUUGCUUUGAUAAGCGGGCAAGGGUGUGGUGGAAGAGAGUAAAGCAAGAUCGAUCUUCGGAUCUUCCCCCGAUCAAUUGGGAGGAGUUCCGAAGGAUGAUGUUCGCAGAGUACUUUCCCGACAGUGAUAAGAGAAAGAUGCGGGAAGACUUUCGAAAGCUCAAGCAAGGCAACCGCACGGUUCGGGAGUACGAGCGCGAGUUCACCCAUAUCUUGAACUGCGUCCCAGACGUGUCGACGACGGAGCAAGACCGGGCGGAUUGCUUCGUGAGAGGACUCCGACCCGGAGUGUUUCGAUUGGUACAUGCCUUCAAGUUCCACACUUUUGCGGAGGCUUUGGACCGUGCCUUGUGGGUUGAGCACGGGAAUGCUUGCGAGCGAGAAGAGCGCGAGGCAUCCGAGAAGGACAAAGGGAGAAAGCGACGGGGCGGUGGUUUUGGAGAUCAAUCGGGUUCCAAGAAGCCCCCGAAGUACCCGCGAGAACGGUCCGAGGGCCGUGAAGUGCAACGGUGCGUCUUUUGUGGUGGAGACCACCGUGCGACGCAAUGUGAGCACCGCCGUGGGAGGUGCUAUGAAUGCGGCCAGGUGGGGCACAUGGCCCGAGAUUGCCCGAGAAAGGCCCCGUUCGCCCUGCCUGUCGCAUCGGCUCCGGCAAUUCCAGGCCAUUAUGGAGGAGCCCCACCUAUGGUUGCAUCGACUGGGCGUGCUUUGGCGCCACGUCAGCCGGAAGCGGCCCGAUCAGCUCCAAGUGGCCGGGUGUAUGCUGCUCAAGUUGAGGAGCCUGCUGUUGCGGAUGAUGUCAUGGCAGGUAUGGUUUAG